AUGCCCUCCGCGUCUUCCGCAGGGCCCUCGGCCGUGGCUGCCCCCAAUGCCACAGCGGCAGCGGCAGCGUGGACCAAUGUCAGCAUGCCGGAGAUGCCCCUGUUCCACCUGUUUGCUGUGCUGGACGGGGAGCUGCACGCCGCCUUCCCAGGCCUGUGGCUGGCGCUGAUGGCCGUGCAUGGCGUCAUCUUCCUGGUGGGCCUGGUGCUCAACGGGCUGGCGCUGUACGUCUUCGGCUGCCGCACCCAGGCCAGGACGCCGUCGGUCAUCUACACCAUCAACCUGGUGGUGACUGACCUGCUGGUGGGCCUGUCCCUGCCCACGCGCUUUGCUGUCUUCUACGGCACCCGCGGCUGCCUGCGCUGCGCCCUCCCGCACAUCUUUGGCUACUUCCUCAACAUGCACUGCUCCAUCCUCUUCCUCACCUGCAUCUGCGUGGACCGCUACCUGGCCAUCGUGCAGCCCGAUGGUGGCCGCCGCUGGCGCCAGCCUGCCUGCGCCAGAGCCGUGUGUGCCUUCGUGUGGCUGGCCGCCGGCGCCGUGACCCUGUCCGUGCUGGGCGUGACGGCCACCGGCGGGCCCUGCUGCCGCGUCUUUGCACUGACCGUCCUGGAGUUCCUGCUGCCACUGCUGGUCAUUAGCAUAUUCACCGGCCGCAUCAUGUGUGCGCUGUCACGGCCGGGCCUGCUGCGCCAGGGCCGCCAGCGCCGCAUGCGGGCCAUGCAGCUGCUGCUCACCGUGCUCGUCAUCUUCCUCGUCUGCUUCACGCCCUUCCAUGCCCGCCAGGUGGCUGUGGCGCUGUGGCCCGACGUGCCGCACCACACCAGCCUCGUGGUCUAUCAUGUGGCAGUGACCCUCAGCAGCCUCAACAGCUGCAUGGACCCCAUCGUCUACUGCUUCGUCACCAGCAGCUUCCAGACCACCGUCCGUGGCCUCUUCCACCAGCAUGGAGCGGGGUGCGAGCCCAACGGCUGCAACGUGGUCAGCACGCGCAAGAGCUCCAAGAACUCGGCUCACCGUCACAUCCUCGGCGCCAGACCUCGAGCCCUCACGCAGGCCCUGGCUAACGGGCCUGAGGCUUAG